AUGACCCUGGAAAAACCACUGUGUCCCGAAGAUGGGGUAAAGGAGGACUUACCUAUGUCCCCGGAAGAACCAUGGUGUCCCCAAGACGAGGUAAAGGGGAGGUUACCUAUACCCCUAGAAGGACCACUUUGUCCCCAAGACGUUGCGAAGCAGGAAUUAGAAGGCAAAAUUAAAAACAAAAUAUUUACCAUCUUUAAUAAGUACUCGGCGUCAUUUGAUGGCGGACAAAAAACAUAAUCCAAGGAAGAGGUAGGCAAUGUGGCGAGGUUGCUAUACCAGGUCGACAAAAAUGUCAAUGACUGCUCUCUGCUGUGGCGACCGGAGUCUGUUGCCAUGAUCAGACAGCGAAGGAAACAAUUUUCGAGAAUCUCCUAAACAACCCGGUACGCUAACUCAUUAUCUAUCCUCGUAUACUUCAUUUCUCAAAUUUGCCAAGUCAUAUUCUUUAUCACAGUGUUCUUUGAUCACAAUUGAACAACAGGACAUAAACAAAAUCGAUGCCACACUAGUAAAUAUAAAAAAAUGGGUGAAAAUUAUAAACAAAGACAAACGUUGUAGAGCGCACAAACUAAGAUUGCGCGAUAAACAAUUGUUGAUUGCACCUGAAGCACACCAAAGGGUUUUAGACUUCAACAAGUCUUUGCAAGUUCGCAAUGAUUUCCUUCAACUGUCGGCCGACUCUAUUGUCACAGACAAUAUUUUUAUAGAAUUCAGAGAUUACCUAAUUUUAUCACUUCAACUCAGGAAAGUGCAGCGACCCGACGCCAUUGCAAACCUCACUGUGGAGCAGAAAUUUGUGAUAACGGUGAAGGGAUUCUCUAAUGGUAACACACACUUGGCAACAUAAAACAUCCGGCAAUGGACCAGCACCAUUAGUUUGGAGUAAAACAGACUUUGAUAUGGGCUGUCUUUAUCUCAGAUAUCUACGCCCUGAAUUUGCAAUGUCUUCAUCACAGGGAACACAAUUCGAAAAUUAUUUCUUUCUGACAAUGUCAGACUUACAUUGUAAAAACGUUACGCAGCAAGUAAACAACAUUGCUGCAUGUCUUUGUCCCAAUUCAGAUGUCCAUUUUACAGCUACAAUUAUUCGCAAGACUGUAGUGACCACACAGCGUGAACUUUCUCGCAAAUGCAAUGCAAACAUAGAAAGUGGGCAUCUAGCUAAUGCGAUGACACACUUACCAUCAACUUCAGAAACAUAUGCUCUUCAGGACAGAACUGAAGACGCAAUUAACACAUAUAAAUUUAUCAAAAAUCAAGUCCAUACCAACAUCGAACCAGAGUCUGACGAACCAGUGGAACAUCCACAUACACCAGACAAGUCAACCUCCACUACGAAUGUGAACCAGUCAAAUUUAUCAUCGCCAUCAUGUUCAAUACCACCAUCAUUUCAACCACCAAGCAAAUCAUUUGCAAAAACGUGUAGUUGA